CGAUCAACGCCUUAACCUUCACCAUGAAAUUCGCCGUCGUUCUUGCCUUCGCCGCCCUCUUCGCCGUGGCCGUGGCCGCUCCUGCUGCUCCAGAAGCUACGGUCCUUCGAUCGGAUUCCGAUGUCAGACCCGAUGGCUUCAGUUAUGCUUUGGAGACCAGCGAUGGCACUUCAAAGCAGGAGCAGGGAGAGCUGAAGAACGCUGGAACCGAGAAUGAGGCCAUCGCCGUCAAGGGAUCCUUCUCCUGGGUGGCUCCCGAUGGCCAGACCUACACCGUUAACUACAUCGCCGAUGAGAACGGUUUUCAGCCCUCCGCUGCCCAUCUGCCCGUUGCCCCUGAGGCCUAA